AUGUCGUCGGCUCCCUCGACCUUUUACGAGCAGCUGCCGCUGCCGACGCUCGACCGUCCCUUUGGCAUACACCUCUGGCCCAUCUUCGACAAGGCCUGGACCCUCGCCCUCGGCUACCCGACGUCCGAGUUCAAGUUUGUGCCGUUCGAGACGCCGCUGUCGACGCUCAAGUCGAGCGCCCUCUUCAUCGUCGUCUACUACGUCGUCAUCCUCGGCGGCCGGGAGCUGAUGCGCAACCGCGAGCCGUUCAAGCUCAAGACGCUCUUCCUCAUCCACAACUUUUACCUCACCGCCAUCAGCGGAAUCCUGCUCGCCCUCUUCAUCGAGCAGCUGCUGCCGACCGUCGUUCGCCACGGCAUCUUCUACGCCAUCUGCGACCACGAUGGCGGCUGGACCCAACCGCUGGUCAUUCUGUAUUACCUUAAUUACCUCACCAAGUACCUCGAGCUUCUCGACACCGUCUUCCUCUUCCUCAAGAAGAAGCCUCUGACCUUCCUGCACUGCUACCACCAUGGCGCCACCGCCCUCCUCUGCUACACGCAGCUCAUCGGCUCCACGGCCGUCUCGUGGGUCGUCAUCACGCUGAACCUCACGGUGCACGUCGUCAUGUACUGGUACUACUUCCAGAGCGCGCGCGGAAUCAAGAUUUGGUGGAAGGAAUGGGUCACGCGUCUUCAGAUUGUCCAGUUCAUCAUCGAUCUCGGCUUCGUCUACUUUGCCUCGUACACCUACUUCACCUCGACCUACUUCCAGUGGCUGCCCAACGCCGGCACCUGCGCCGGCGAGGAGUUUGCCGCCUUCUCGGGCAUCGCCAUCAUCAGCUCCUACCUCGUCCUCUUCAUCUCCUUUUACCUCGCCACGUACAAGAAGGGCAAGUCGCACACGACGCGCAAGUCGCUGCGGCGCAUGAGCCAGGCGCCGCUGCCCGACCCCCUGCACCUCCAGGCGCACGUCAACGCCAGCCCCGGCGCCGGCGCCAACGGCAAGACGGCCUCGACGACGGGCGCCAAGGUGAACGGCACGACGACGCGAUCCCGCAAGGCCUAA